UGUUGAAUGUGGUGAAGUCAUAUAUUUCAGAGGAGGGUGUUUUCUGUAUUUAUGUUGGCAGUCCUGUAUGGUUCGCUCUGCACAGUGUUGUAAGGAAGAAGAAGAAGAGGAGCGGGAACACAGCAACACAAGCCCAGACCCACCUGUAUUCACCUGAAAGCUACUUACACAAAGAUCAGAAUGGCAAACUGUGGUCCUAGCUUUGGUCUGUCCCGGGAGGUGCAGAGUAAGAUUGAAAAGAAAUAUGACCCGGAACUGGAGGAAAAGUUGUCGGCGUGGAUCGCCAGCCAGUGUCCGUCUGUCGGCCAGCCUGAGGCAGGCAAGACCGGAUUCCAAAACUGGCUCAAGAAUGGAUGUGUUUUGUGUGAGCUCAUCAACAGCCUGUAUGGAGACAACAAGCCAAUCAAGUCCUUCAAGAGCUCUGGCAUGGCAUUUAAGCAGAUGGAACUAAUAUCCUUGUUCCUCACCGCUGCAGAAAAAUAUGGAAUCCCCAAAAUGGACAUGUUUCAGACUGUAGACCUCUUUGAAGGCAAGGACAUGGCUGCCGUCCAGAGGACCCUGAUGACUCUGGGUUGUUUGGCUUUCACAAAGGACGAUGGGUAUUACAAAGGAGACCCCAACUGGUUCCACAAGAAAGCUCAAGAGAACAAGAGAGAAUUCUCAGAGGAACAGCUGACCGAAGGCAAAAAUGUCAUCGGCCUGCAAAUGGGAACAAACAGAGGAGCAUCUCAAGCUGGAAUGACCGGUUACGGGCGACCCAGGCAGAUCAUCAACAAACCCUGAAUCCGAGUAGCACUUAAACUCUCCUCCCAGACACUCGACCUCUAAAAGGCCAGCGAGGACCGCGAGGAGAAAUGCAACCGGACUGUUUUCAAAGCUAAACUGGACCAAAACAGGGACCAAUGAGAACACGUGCACAUACUUCAUGUUGAGCAUGCAUACAUAAAUAGAUACAUUUAACAGUGUAAGUAAAGCAUUUACCAUAGUAAAUCGUAAAUGAUAUUUUUUCAUCAUUCCAGUUGUUUUGCAUGUUUUAACCCACUACCUAAAAAUCAAAUAUGCUUUACAUUACUGCAAACCAUAAGAUUUUAGAUUGAUUUCUUAUCCUCCAUACAUCCAGAGGUUUCAGUUCACUAUAAAAAUCUACUUGCAGAGACUUGUAACUUGCUUGAGAGAAGUACUCCAUCACAUUCAACAUGUAGUUUGAUUUAUUUCAACAGCUACAUCAUUGCAGCAUGCAAAUUUCAAAACUCUAUCCAUCGGUGCAUUCAAGGACACUCCGAUAUCUGACAUUUGAGAAUUUUUAAUGGAUGAAACCAAAUCCAUUAUUUAUCUUUCACAGUGUCCUUGUUUGCUUUUUUGUGUAUCAUCUUCUGACAAUGUAGCUAUUCAUUCUUGGACGUCAGGGUGUACUUGAAUGCACCACUAGGGAGAGUUUUGCAAAGGCUCACAACUGCAACACUGCUAUAGUACAACAUUAACAAAAAUGAACGCUAAAGAGAAAGAAUUGAACUAAUUGUUAAACGUGAUAGAUAACGUGACCUCAAGCAGGUUUCAAGUCUCAUUUGUUGUGUACUGGAAUUAAUUGAAACAAGUGGAAGGUAAGAAGUGUAGGCUAUGUAGAUUUGUGGUUUACAAUAAUGUCAAAGCUGGGAGAGGCAUUUUAUUUUCGGUGUUAUUUGGCAAAAAUUGCAUAGUAACUUUUCAGCAUAUUGCAAUUCAAGUGGUUCAAGUGUUUGCCCAAUGAUGCCAAAAACAUACUGCCUACCCCCGCUUUAAGAACAAAAUUUGGAGUUAAUAGUUAACAGUCAAGUAUAAGUCAUUUUAGAAAGUGAAUUGCCUGGUUUAAAAAAGUUUUUUAAGAAAAACAGAAAAUGCAGUGUUUUGCCUGCUCCAUAACACAAUCUGCAGUUAGAUCUCAGUUUUUCUAAUCAAGAUGUUGAACCUUCUGUUUAGAGUUUAAUGCAUCACAUAUAAUGAUGAUGAUUUUGAAAUAAAGUUUGAUCUACCUGUAAAAAA